UUGACACGAGAAGAAACUAUAUAAAAACCUCAUAAUAUACCUAGGAUUCAACAACAGACUUGAGUACCUUGAGAAGCUGCUUUUCUCUGAGCAGUAGGUACAACCACAUCCACAACUAUGUCUUCCCAUCAACAGAAGCAGCCCAAUGUUAUACCCCCUCAGCUCCAGCAGCAGCAGGUGAAACAGCCCUGCCAGCCACCUCCCCAGAAGCCAUUUGUCCCUCAUACCAAGGAGCCAUGCGACCCUCAGAUCCCAGGGUCAGGCACCACCAAGCUGCCAGAGCCAUGCUACCCUGAGGUUUCAGUGCCAAGCCAUCCUCAAGUCCCAGGUACAGGAACCACCAAGCUGCCAGAGCCAUGCUACCCUGAGGUCUCAAUGCCAAAACAGCCUCAGGUCCCGGGGACAGGAACCACCAAGCUGCCAGAGCCAUGCAACCCUGAGGUUUCAGUGCCAAGCCAUCCUCAGGUCCCAGGAACAGGAACCACCAAGCUGCCAGAGCCAUGCAACCCCGAGGUUUCAGUGCCAAGCCAUCCUCAGGUCCCAGGAACAGGAACCACCAAGGUUCCAGGUCCCUAUCCCACCACAAUUACGCCACCUCUUAGCCAAGAGAAGUACCCACAGGUCCCCAAGACCAAGCAGAAGUAAGAUGAUCCAAGAUCUCAUCCUCAUCCUUCGUGGGACAAACUUCUAAUUGCUGAAAUUCCUUUUUUCAUUUGCUGUCAAGCUUAAAUGCUUCUGCUAUCCCCCUUAGAAGUUUUGAACCUGUAAUUCACGUGCUGAAAUGAAUUAGCAAAAUGGCUUUCCUACAUUUGUUAACUGAAAACAUUUAGCACUGACUCUUGUCCCCAUUCUGAGAUGCUUAAAUAUCUGGCUCAGGCUGAAGAUAUAGAUAGUUUCCCAAGCUGUCAAGGCUCUACAGAGAAUAAAUUCAGAAGACACUGAAUCUUCCUCUCUCUGCUGUCAUUAAAGUCAUUAUUCAAGCUAA